AUGUUUGCCUGGGGGCUGAGCUGCCUGUCACUGCUGGGGGCUGCAUGCACAGCUCUCCUGUGCGCCGGCCUGCUGCUUGGCCUGGCUCAGCACCUCUGGACCCUCCGCUGGACGCUGAGCCGGGAUCCAACCUCUGCCCUGCCCCUGCCCAAGGGCUCCAUGGGCUGGCCCUUCUUCGGUGAAACGCUGCACUGGUUGAUUCAGGGCUCGCGCUUCCACAGUUCCCGCCGGGAGCGCUACGGCACAGUGUUCAAGACGCACCUGCUGGGCAGGCCAGUGAUCCGAGUGAGCGGUGCCGAAAACGUGCGCACCAUCCUGCUCGGGGAACACCGCUUGGUGCGCAGUCAGUGGCCGCAGAGCGCGCACAUCCUGCUAGGCUCCAACACCCUCCUGAGCGCGGCUGGUGAGCCGCAUCGGCUGCGGCGCAAGGUCCUCGGGCGCAUGUUCAACCGCGCAGCGCUGGAGCGCUACGUACCGCGCCUGCAGGGGGCGCUGCGGCGCGAGGUGCGCUCCUGGUGUGCGGCCAGAGGACCAGUUGCUGUCUAUGAGGCUGCUAAGGCGCUCACCUUCCGCAUGGCCGCGCGCAUCCUACUGGGUCUACGGCUGGAUGAGGCCCGGUGCGCCGAACUGGCCCAGACGUUCGAGCAACUAGUCGAGAACCUCUUCUCACUCCCCGUGGACGUGCCCUUCAGCGGCUUGCGCAAGGGCAUCCGGGCCAGGGACCAGUUGCAUCAGCACCUAGAGGAGGCCAUUGCUGAGAAGCUUCAGAAAGACAAGGCUGCAGAGCCAGGUGACCCCCUCGCCCUGAUCAUUCACAGCGCUAGGGAGCUGGGCCAGGAGCUCUCAGUGCAGGAGCUAAAGGAGUCAGCUGUGGAGCUCCUCUUUGCUUCCUUCUUCACCACCGCCAGCGCCAGCACGUCCCUAAUCCUUCUGCUACUACAGAACCCGGCAGCCGUCGCCAAGAUCCAACAGGAACUGGCGACGCAAGGGCUGGGGAGCGCAUGCAGUUGUGUGCCCGGAGCGGCAGGGCUCCUGCUCGAAUGCGGCUGCGAGCCCGACCUCACGCUGGCUGCCCUGGGCCGGCUGCGCUACGUGGACUGCGUCGUGAAGGAGGUGCUGCGCCUCCUGCCGCCGGUGUCCGGGGGCUACCGCACUGCGCUGAAGACUUUCGAACUCGAUGGUUACCAGAUCCCCAAAGGCUGGAGCGUGAUGUAUAGCAUCCGGGACACACACGAGACGGCCGCGGUAUACAGUAGCCCGCCCGAAGGCUUUGACCCAGAGCGCUUUGGCGCAGCUCGUGAAGAAGAGCGGGGAACCUCCGGCCGCUUUCAUUAUAUCCCGUUUGGCGGCGGUGCACGCAGCUGCCUCGGCCAGGAGCUGGCGCAGGCGGUGCUGCAGCUGCUAGCUGUGGAGCUGGUGCGCACCGCACGCUGGGAGCUGGCCACUCCCGCCUUCCCGGCCAUGCAAACGGUGCCCAUCGUCCACCCAGUGGACGGAUUGCGGCUCUUUUUCCACCCGCUUGUAAAUUCAGCCGCGGGAAAUAGGGUACACCUCUGA